AUGGAUUCACAAGAAUACAUACCACAAUACAAGCUUAUUUUAGUUGGGGAUGGUGGUGUUGGAAAGACCACAUUUGUAAAAAGGCACCUUACAGGAGAAUUCGAGAAAAAAUAUAUUCCUACCCUCGGUGUCGAAGUACAUCCAUUAAAAUUUCAAACAAAUUUUGGAAAGACACAAUUUAAUGUGUGGGAUACUGCAGGUCAAGAGAAAUUUGGAGGAUUGAGGGAUGGGUAUUACAUAAAAAGUGAUUGUGCAAUUAUUAUGUUUGACGUAUCUUCUCGUAUUACAUAUAAAAACGUGCCAAAUUGGUACAGAGACAUAACGCGAGUGUGCGAAACGAUUCCUAUGGUUUUAGUUGGAAACAAAGUUGAUGUUAAAGAUAGACAAGUGAAAUCAAGACAAAUACAAUUCCAUAGAAAGAGGAAUUUACAAUAUUACGACCUAUCAGCAAGGUCGAAUUAUAAUUUUGAAAAGCCAUUUUUAUGGUUAGCAAGAAGAUUAUCAAAUCAACCAAAUCUCGUAUUUGUUGGAGAGCACGCUAAGGCUCCUGAAUUCCAAAUUGAUUUGAAUAUUGUGCGUGAGGCUGAGAAGGAACUAGAGCAAGCUGCUGCCGUGGCCAUAGACGAGGAAGACAUAGAAAAUUGA